AUGCCACCCCUCCAAACCUUCCACACCCUCCGCGUUCUACGCACAACCACCUUCAACCAACCCCUUCGGACAUUCAUCUCCACGACCAAACACCUCUACCCAACGGAUAGUAAAAGCCCUGCUGCGAACCUCCCAGACCCCUCUCCCAACUCCUCCGCAGCACCAAAUGCCAGUGUACGCUCAGACACGCAAAACACAGACAGACAGUCGUCCGCCUCCAAGGAUGAGGACAAGACCGGAGACGAUCAUCCUGCAAAACAGCCGGAUUAUCAGGCUGAGCCGAAGAGGGGGACGGGGAUUGGGGGCCAGGAGGAGGUGAAGGGGGGAAAGGCGGGGUUGGGAGAGAGGGGAGUGUAG